AUGAAGAGCCUGCUGAUGACGUCACUGCUGAUCUUGACGAGCGCGCGCCUGACCGCGGGGAUCUCCUGGCUGGGUCUGACGGUGAACGGCAGCUCAGUGGGGUGGAACGAGACGCAGCACUGCCGCUUGCUGCAUGCGCUGGUGCCGGACCAGCAGCAGCUGUGCAGGAGGAACCUGGAGCUGAUGCGCAGCGUGGUGCGAGCGGCCGAGCUCACCAAGACGUCCUGCACACACACCUUCAGGGACAUGCGCUGGAACUGCUCGUCUGUGGAGCGCGCACCCCACUUCAGCCCCGACCUGGCCAAGGGUACACGCGAGUCUGCGUUCGUCUUCUCUCUCUCCGCGGCGGUUCUCAGUCACACCAUUUCCCGCGCAUGUUCCUCUGGCGAGUUGCCCAGUUGUUCGUGCGCACCCCCCCCAGCGGAGCAGGCGUCCCCGGAGUUCCGCUGGGGCGGGUGUGGCGAUAACCUGCACUUCGGCUUGCAGAUGGGCGCCGCCUUCUCCGACGCCACACUGAACAGCAGACGCUCCGCCUCCCCCGCCGUCCGCCUCAUGCACCUGCACAACAACGCUGUGGGUCGACAGGCUCUGAUGGACUCUUUGGAGACGAAGUGUAAGUGUCACGGCGUCUCAGGCUCGUGUUCGGUGAAGACGUGCUGGAAGUCGCUCCUGGACGUGGGUCACGUCUCGGCUCAGCUCAAAGCCCGUUACCUGUCGGCCACCAAGGUGACGGCGCGCCAGGUGGGCACACGCCGCUAUCUGGUUCCCCGGGACAUGGAGGUGAGACCGGUCCUGGACACUGAGCUGGUUUACCUGGUCAGCUCACCUGAUUACUGCACCUCUAACGCCAAGCAUGGCUCAUACGGAACCAUUGACAGGCAGUGUAAUAAAACAUCAAGUGGGAGUGGCAGUUGCAACCUGAUGUGUUGUGGGCGGGGCUACAACACCUAUACAGAGCAGGUGGAGGAGCGAUGUCACUGCAGGUACCACUGGUGUUGCUACGUCACCUGUAAGAAAUGCACACACACCGUCGAGAGACAUGUCUGCAAGUGA